UUUUUUUUUCAGAUAAAGUUACUAUCAACUACAUUAUGUAAAUUCAGGUGACAGCAGUUUACUUAAUUGAGCUGAGAAUGAGUGAUACUUACGCUAAAAUCCCACAGCCAUUUCAAAAUAUAGGUUGUCAAGACUUGUUGAAGGAAGCCAUUUCAAAUUGCGGUUGGGUACGAAAACAACAUUUUGCCAGUAAACUUAAAUUAUUCAGAUGGCCUAAAGUAUACAUGAUCCUGAGCAGAGGGUGUAUAUAUUACUUUAGAAAUGAAUACUGUAAAACUGCUUCAGGAAAGUUUUCCUUAUUUGGAUUCAAUACGGUUGCAAGAGCUACAGACGUUAGUGAUGGGGAGGCAAUGUAUGCUUUCAAAAUAAACCACACUCACCCUGCAGAGUUUAAAUCUUACUUAUUUGCAUGCUCCUCGGAAAAAGAGAUGAAGGAAUGGAUGAAGUGUAUCAAAGAAGAAUUGAAAAUAGCUAACGAUUCAGGCAAAAGAGAUGGAGAUUAUUAUUAUACAGACGGUUUCAUGCAUAAACAAACUCCAGAAGCGCAAGGAUCGUCUGCUGAUAGUGGGUUUGGUCCAUCUGCUGAUGGUGAUACAGUCAGUAUCUCGUACAAAGAUAUAGAAGAAAGUAUAUACGAUGAUCCAUUGUCUUUUCAACCGCCGUCAGACUAUGGCUUAUAUGCUAAAAAGGCAGAUGAAGCAUCCGAUGAUGAAGAUAUACCUAAUGAACCACCGCCUGUGCCACCACGAUUAGCGAAUGCGGACCCAAACCCAAGGUCUAAGAAAAAGAAGAAGAGAAAGAAGAAAAAGGAAAAGAUGGAUGAACUAGACCAAUUGCCAGAUAUAUCAAAAGUUGCUGUGUCUCACACUGAGAGUGCAGCAAAACUGCAAGCAGAUGCCAUCUCUGCAGAAAUGAAGAAUAUGUUCGGGAAGGAAAAACAAAAAAGCACAGAAUCUGAACCAUCCUCGACGACGAGUCAAAACAAGAAACAGCCGAGUGUAGAACCACCGGAAGUUGAGGAUGUUGAUGAGGAGGAAGAGGAAGAGGAUGAUGGAGAUAAAUAUUGGCAAUCAAUUCAUUUUGAGGGAGAAAAGGAGAGGGCUAGCGAAAUUAUUCGAGAUAUUGGCGAAAAUGGUGUUUUCUUAGUGCGAAACGGUGAUGACGGCGGAAAGGUAUUGGUAGUUUUUGCAGACAAUAUGCCAAAAAAGUAUAAAGUUAAUUGUAAGGAUAACGAAUACUUCAUUGCAACGGCAGGACCACAUGCAGAAACUUUGGAAGAAAUGUUAUUUGAAUAUUUUACAACAGACUUGCCUAACACAACAGUGAAAUUAACCACGCCAUUCCAACUACAUCCUAGCCAGCAAUGACACAAUUCAGUUGGUAUGAGAAAAGAUACAUAAACAAUGUGUUGUAUGCAGCAAAAAGUAUAUAACAAACAGUAUUAUGGGUAGAUUGAGAACUUGUGAUUUGUUUGAACUUAGUUCUAAAAACAGUUAUUUAAAAAGAUUUUAUUUCCUGUCAUUUCCCGCGCUUUUUAAAAUUUCUUCACAUUUUCUUAGAUACACGUUUAAUUAGGGGGGAAAUAAGAUAGAAUUGUCAUAUUAUUGUGGAAUAGUUAUAUGUUUUUCGCCGUUUUAACCCUAUCUGUGAAUCACAUUUAAAACAUACAAUGAUUUUUGUUUAACUAUAAAGUGUUCGAUUUUAUUAAUUUAAAGUAUGUUAACCAACCUCAAAGACUCUAAAAUACUGAACUAAAAAAAUAUCUUUUAUGUUUCGAUAAUAUACUUAGAAUACGUAAAUGAAAUAAUCCUUUUAUCUUAAAUUGCAUUUCAUAUCUGAAACAAAGAAUUUGUGAUUUUUUUAAAGAUUUUCAACUUUUUUUUAUCUUAAAAUCAGCUUUAAUAAUUUGAAAAACUAAAUAUUUUCAAAGAGAUUUUAACUCACCUACGAAAGUUAACAUUAAUGUAAUGGUAAGCAUAGCCUUUGAGUCCUAUCCCUAUAAGUUCUGUGAAUCAAUUAAUACUGCAAUGAAACUUUUUAUUAACCAUUGUUAUUGCUUCAUUUUAUUAUGGCUUCUUUGUGUAUAAAGUUCUCCACAUAUACUAGUUACUAAGCUUGUCAUUUUAAAAAUAUCUGUGAUCAUCAAUUCCAUAUUUUAUUGAUAUUUGUACAAGCCAGUACAUGGAUAAAGAAUGUAUCCAUUUUUAAAACACUAAAAGUGCACGUUUAUACUUAUUUGGUCACACAUUUAAGUUAGUAAUACAUGUAUGCCUUUGUUUUUCAUGCUGCUAUGUAAUUUGUAUGCCAAAGAUAUUCAUGUUUGAUUAUAACUGCAUUGUAUAUUUCAUCUAUGUCAUGCUAUGUUUGUCUUAUUUAUUUCGUUUGUUCUUGUAUUGAUGACAUUGCCAAUUUACCAGUAGUGAGCACAAAGUACCUGUUUUUGUAUACCAACAUCCAGAUUCCGAUUAAGUGAAAGAUAAAUUGUACUUUUUAUAGUAAAUCUUCACUCAUUUUGUUCGGUUUAAUUUGUAACUUAGAAACAUCUACCUUAUGUAAAAUACCUGUUACCAGGAAGGCAGAAGGAUGUCAAAAGUACUGAACACGUUUUUACCUAGUAAAAACAGCAAAAAGUGAUAUUGACUUAUAGCGUAUGUCUCAUUGCUAUGUUAUCUUCAUUGCAUGUUGCACUUGUUGUGGCGUAAAAUCAUUGUUAUACAUUACUACAUACAUAUUUUACCUGGACCUUUUUAUGACAUUUUGUUUUUUUCUUAGAAUUAAAAUUGUGUAGCUAUCUUAAUGUGCUUCCAUCACUGCUUAAGCUGUUGCGAAAUAUUUGAUUCCUCAAUUUAGAUCAGAUUGUAUCUAGUUGCAAACGUAAUCGUACAUUUAUACCGGUGAUAAAGGACUGUUAGGUGUUACAAUUAAAAGCUGCCUUCAAUGAAGCAGAAACAGUUUAGCCUUUGGAAAUACCUAAAUUAACAACCUGGUUGCUCAAUUUUUGGGUUUCUAUGUUAUUUUGUCUUUUCGUGUUGUGACUUUCUAUUUGGCCCUUGUGUUAUCUGUGUUUAUGCUCCUGUGGUUUUUUUUCCUUAUUUGUCGAACACGAAAUUCUAGGUGAAUUUGUCUUUUAUUUAGUCAGGUGUUGAACUUUAAACAAACUAAUGUUAGACGAUGUAAUCACUUAACAUGUGUGUACUUAAAAAAUGCACCAUUCAUAACUAUUUAAUCUGCAAGCCCGUCGUACAAUAUAAUCAAUAGACGAAAGUAAUGCCAUAUCAGACCAUAGUAUACUUUUUAAUUGCGGCAUAUUGGUACCAUUUAUAAAAUUAUAUAAAUCUUAAUCUGAUUCUAGAAAAAUCAUAGUCUAUUAUUCUCCUUCAUGAAAGGAGACGGUUUAAGAGAACAGCCCUGUAUGAAUAUGUCGUUAGGGGGGGGGGGGGGGGGUUUAGGAGGUAAAUGGAAAAGAACAACAUCCGUCUUAUUAGACUUAUACCGUAUUAAUUUUAAAUAACAUUAACCUGAUAACACCAGUAGAUGUAUUCCCAAUCAAAUUCUUAACAAAGACAUAUUUAUUUCGUUAGAUUAAUCUAGAUGACAGUCAGAUUUACUCAGCACACUACUUGAAACUAAUCAUGACUUAGUUAAUAAAUUUAUAGUUGCCUUGAUUUUGAUCUUGAUUUUGUUGUUGAUUUUUUUUUUUUUUGGUUGGUGCACUUAUUCUGAAAACAAGAAAAAAACUCAUCUUUUAAUAAAUCAAGAUUUGGCAAAAAAUAUAGAUUUUCUUCUCAUUUCUUUUUAUGUUACCAGUGAGGACUUGAUGCGCGUAUGUUUAUUCAAUGUAUUGAUUGUGAUAAUAACUACUACAAUACAUUUUGUGAUUAUACAUAUUGGUAAUUUAUAUUUUCAUAUUUAGAAAAUUUCAUAUAAAUAUAUAUUAAAUUUGUAAAUACGUAUUAUGUUUUUUAUAUAUAAAUAUGUCAAUAAAGUG